AUGAUUAUCAUUGCACCAGAAACAGCCUUUGAAACACCAUUCCUUACCUCAUUUGAAACCCCAUAUGAAACUGCCUCAUCAACACCAUUUGAAACAGCAUUCCAAACAGCUGCACAAACAGCUUUUGAGACUCCAUUCGUUACUGCUUUUGAAACAGCAUAUCAAACAGCAUUCAAGACUCCAUUCGAUACUGCAGGUCAAACAAUGAGUGAAACACCAUUUGAAAGUGCAUUUGAAACACCAUUCGUUACUGCUUUUGAAACAGCUUUCCAAACUCCCGAAAUCACACAAAAUAAUGUUCCUCCAAUCGAUCCUCAACCAUCCGAAAAUGAAGGCGACCCAGAUAAACCAACAGAAAAACCAUCCGAAAAUGAACAAGGUAAACAAUCAGAAAAAAAUUCUGCAAAUGCACCAUUCCAUUCAGUAAGUUCUUCGACGAACAGUGGAAAAAUUCAAGAACAGCAAACUACAGAAACAGCAUCAAAGAGCAAAUCAUGGAUUUACAUCUUAAUAGGUGUUGUUUGUGUUCUUGCUCUCAUUGCAAUUAUUGUUGUUGUAGUUGUUCUGAAAAAGAAGAGUGAUAAUUCUGAUUCCCUUGAGACAGAACCUGCUGAUGACAAUCCAGAAACUGUGAUAGGAGAAGAUGAAUUUGCCGCAGAAGGCAACACAACAGAUGUCUUCAAUUUGACGUCCUCAAUUUGUGGUGAUAAUGAUCCAUUUAAUGUCGGUUCGGACUUAGAAAGUGAUUCUGUUAACGAAAAUUAUGUCUUUAUAUAA